CCGCUCUGUUGUUUCUUGCUUUGUUCUUGUGCUUUUCUCCUAUCGAGGGAAAGUCGCCUGAAGCAGGUGAAACGUGUGUUGGCAUUCGGAGAGUAGAUUCGUCCUUUGACUUCGACCUGCCCGACGCUGUGGCUGAGAACGUGCAAGACCACAGCUGUGAUGCGGAGUGGAGUGUUAAUCAAUUCACAGCAACCCUGGAGGGAAACUCAAUAAACUUUACUCAUCCCUUCAUAAAAGUAACUCGUCGUGGAAUCAGUUUGCCCUACUGUCCAUUUACAGUUCGAUUCCACAUCUCUUGUGAUAAAUACACAAAUGAACUCACGUGUUCUUGCAUCAAUUCCACAGAGAGCAAUCCAGUUUUUAACACAACUCUGCCAGGUGGAGAUGCCAUCAAGACUUCAGGGAGACAACACUCACUGCAAAACAUGCUCCUGUUGAAGAAAACCAGCCUGGUUUAGGAGAAUUAGCCUGAACAGGCAACUUCAAUUGCCCUUGAAACAAUAACAUGGCGUGGAGUCAUGAGAACACAUUAUCCUAUGAAGUAACACAUAUUAUUUUAUUAUAUUAUAUUAUAUUUUAAUUAUAUUAUAUUAUAUUAUAUUAUAUAGUCCAAAACUGGGAUUUUUCACAGUUUGUAUCACUCCGCUUGUCUGUGUUUGCCAGUUUUAAUACUGGGGAGAUUUUUUCAUUGAUUCUUGGUUACGCUGAUGACAGGCGAGGGUUCUGUAUUGAAUGUAUUUUUGUUUAAACAAGGUACUAAAUCCUUCAUUCAUUUGCUUAAGUUACUUAAUAUUACUCAAUCAUUGUAUAAAACCAAUAUAACAAUAUCAUGCUUUUGAUGUUGCCACAGAACACACAACAGAGUAUGUGGGAGUGGAACAACAUCAAAUUCCUCUCCUUGCUCAAUAACUUACAAAGGUGUUUCACUUCAACUACAAAUUUCCUAUUUCUCACUGGUUAGAGAAAUACAGACACACUAAGUGACACCAGCAGUGAAUUAUCAGAGUUUUACUAGGCUAAAUAAUAUUUAGUUAUAAUAUAAUAGGUACAGCAGUGAUUAUAUUAUAUAGUAGAGUAUUAUUAUAUUAUAUUAUAUUAUAUUAUAUUAUAUUAUAUUAUAUUAUAUUAUAUUAUAUUAUAUUAUAAAGGCUAAUAAAACUUUAUAACUUUGUAUCUCCUGCAUGAAUUUACAAUCUCUGUUACAUGUUGUGUUUUACACAAAGUUACCAUAAGAGGUCACUGUCUACAAAUCAUUACAUGUACUUGUCUGUUAGCUUAGCCUUGUAUCUGUUAGCCUAGUUUAUUUUUGGCUGUAAAUCCUGUUUGCUUGUAGUUCUGGACACUCUUUGGGCUUUUCUUUUUUAUUUCAGGUUUUCCCAUCUUUGUAUCUCUUAUAUCAUCUUUAUUUUUUUGGAUAAUUCUGAAAACUGCCAUUAAACUUUGGGCAUGACUAUUAAGUUUUUGAAUCUGUCGAGUCAUUAGCAAGUCAAAACGGAAAUGCCAACACUCGGAUUUGUGAACAUUUGUUUGAACAAGAGGUGCUUUCAAGAUUCAAGAACAUUUCUCUGAAUUGACGAAAAAAAAUAUUUCGCCGUUGGAUUAACUGUAUGUUAGAUAUAACCAAGCGACCUUGAGUGAACUGGAGAAGGACUCAGAAAAUCAACAGAAGCAUGACGCACGUCAACAUCAGGUGCUUGGAAACAACAGCGUGCUGUGAUGGCGGAGAGAAACACUCUGGAGAAACUCGAUUUCGGCGCUUUAAGUCCCGAGCAGCAGGAGAAACUGCAUCAAUUCAAGGUCAAGACCCGGAUAGCUAAUGAAAAAUAUUUAAGGUCUCAUCCAGAGGUGGAGAUGUUACUGAGUGACUUCUUAAGGGAUGUAUUUCUGAAAAGGCCUAAAGAUAUUCGUGAAUUUGCAGCAGAUCAUUUCAGUGACCCAGGACUGCCAAAGAAAAUCCAUGCGCAAAUGAAUAUCCAAAAUAAGUGAAAACUGUAAAGUGUUUUUUAAUAAAAGCAAAGAA